AGUCCCCCAAGCGAGCCCACCCCCGCCGCCAAGCUACGUAGCUCCUCCCAUCCAAUCCAAUCGCUCGCGACAUUUCCACUCGCGGCCGCGCGCGCAACGAACAUCAGGUCAGUCCAGUUUACGUCCACCUCUGCGUUCUGGUAAUCUCGACACAUACGCAUACUUCACAUCGCAAGAAUUUCUGUCGCGCGCAGCAGCAGCAGCAUACGAAUCGCGAAGGAAACGGGAGACGCAUUGAGGUUUACGAGCGCGAAAAGGAACAAUACGGUUGUUGCGGGAUUAUUGGGGAUUGAAUAAGAAGAAGGAGUAAGAGAUAGCAAGAACAACUGCCACGAUGAGUUUCCUCGGCCUCAAAACUUUCGAUGACCCCAAUCGCGCGCCUAGCUCGGGGUCAUUCGCUACAUACAUGAUCGUUGCGCCAACAUCCUUCUUCCUCGGCAUGCUCUUCUCCUCCUUCCCCUACGACUACCCUCUCCUCUGGACCUCCAGCCCCCUCCCCCCCACCUUCCUCUCGGACCUGGAAACGCACCUCCAAUUCCUUCACGCCUCCCCCCCUCUGAUCCCACGAAUCCUGCACUUCCUCAUCGUUGUCGGCUUCGCCGGUUUCCUCUUGAAACUCUUCAAACCCUCCGAAGCGAAUUUACUCUUCGAUGGCGCUAGCUUGGUCCUCUACGUCGUGGGCGUGAUCGUUUACAUCACAAACAUUAUCAAGGGAUUGAGAGUGGUGACGAAGGGGGAGUGGGACGCUGUUGUACAGGUUGCGGAUGGGGAGGAGGUGGUUGGGAGGGAGGAUAGUCUUAAGGUGCUUGCGGCGAGUAAUACGAUUCUUGCCUUAGUGCUGGUGGGUGUGCUGGUGCUGCAGGCGGGACAGUGGUAUGCGGAGCGCAGGGAGAGGGAGGAGAGGGCGCAGUUUGAGGCGAUGGAGAAGAAGGAGGGGAAGGGGAAGGGGGGUUCCAAGAAGAAGCAGUAG